GGGAAGGGAAGAAUGAAUACAAGGACUUGUCUGGGGACAGCGGAGACCCAGUCCCUCAGGGUUUCGUCAGAGCCAGGCCCGCCUGCAAAGGGGGAACGGGGUGCUCUGCGCCUGAGUAGGCUGCAGUCCUGCUGGCAGCCCAGCGCGCCUACUGCAGCUCUGCGUCCCCACAGAGGUCGGUGCUGGUUGCCUGUCCUUGGUGCAUCUCGUCCGCAAGAGAAAACAGCGGAGCAGCCACCGGGCACCCAUUGGAGCAAGCAGCAACAUGCAACCGCCUCCGAGUCUGUGCGGACUCGCCCUGGUGGCGCUGCUUCUUGCCUGCAGUUCGGCGAGGGUCUGGGGAGAGGAAGGAGGGCUCCCGCUUGCCUGGGCCACUCCAAAGUUUCAAGAGACGGGGAAGACAAUAACGCCACCCACUAAGACCUCCUGGCAGAGAAGUUUCAACUCCAGCCUGCCACAAUCCUCUGCACCUGCGCAGGUACCUAAAGGAGGGAAGACGCCUGGGGGACCGCCUCGUCCCCCCUCUACUCCACCUUGCCACAGAAACAUCGAGAUCAAAGAGACUUUCAAGUACAUCAACACGGUUGUGUCCUGCUUAGUGUUCGUGCUAGGCAUCAUCGGGAACUCCACACUGCUGAGAAUCAUCUAUAAGAACAAGUGCAUGCGCAACGGUCCCAACAUCUUGAUAGCCAGCCUGGCUCUGGGAGACCUUCUGCACAUCGUCAUUGACAUCCCCAUCAAUGUCUACAAGCUUCUGGCAGAAGACUGGCCAUUUGGAGUUGAGAUGUGUAAGCUGAUGCCCUUCAUACAGAAGGCCUCCGUGGGAAUCACGGUGCUGAGUCUGUGUGCGCUGAGUAUCGACAGAUAUCGAGCUGUUGCUUCUUGGAGUCGAAUUAAAGGAAUUGGAGUUCCAAAAUGGACAGCAGUAGAAAUUGUUUUAAUUUGGGUGAUCUCUGUGGUUCUGGCUGUCCCUGAAGCCAUAGGUUUUGAUAUGAUUACUAUGAACUACAAAGGAAGUCAUCUACGAAUCUGCAUGCUUCACCCCGUUCAGAAAACAGCCUUUAUGCAGUUUUACAAGACAGCUAAAGACUGGUGGCUCUUCAGCUUCUAUUUCUGCUUGCCCUUGGCCAUCACUGCAUUGUUUUAUACUCUGAUGACCUGUGAGAUGCUGAGGAAGAAGAGUGGUAUGCAGAUAGCUUUAAAUGACCACUUAAAGCAGAGGCGAGAAGUGGCCAAAACAGUAUUUUGCCUGGUCCUUGUUUUUGCGCUCUGUUGGCUUCCCCUUCACCUCAGCAGGAUUUUGAAGCUCACUCUUUAUGAUCAGAAUGAUCCCAAUAGAUGUGACCUUUUGAGCUUUUUGUUGGUAAUGGACUAUAUCGGUAUCAACAUGGCCUCCUUGAAUUCCUGCAUUAAUCCAAUUGCUCUGUAUUUGGUGAGCAAAAGAUUCAAAAACUGCUUUAAGUCAUGCCUAUGUUGCUGGUGCCAGUCAUUUGAAGAAAAACAGUCCUUGGAGGAAAAGCAGUCGUGCUUAAAGUUCAAAGCUAAUGAUCAUGGAUAUGACAACUUCCGUUCCAGUAAUAAAUACAGCUCAUCUUGAAAGAAGGAAUAUUCACUUAAUUCCAUUUUCUUUAUUGGACAGAAGUUAUUACAACAAAAUGAUACAUUUGCCAAAACAAAACAAAAAGCUAUGUUUGCACAAAACCACAUGAAAGUGUAAGAGGAAUCAUUUUAACAUUCGUAAUUCCACCUGACAUUUUAUGGUUUGUUUACAGCAUGAGAAAUGAGAAUUAAGAAAGCCUCAUUGUGAAAGCACUUAACUUUUUACAGUUAGCACUUCAACAUAGCUGUCAAUAGCUUCCAGUUUAUUCACACAUUACUUACAUUGAAAAUGAGCUCACUCAAAAUUCCUGUUGAAGAGGUUCAUUCUUAAAUCAUGUGAAUCUGUAUAAAGAAAACUUGAAAUUUAAAAAAUCCUAAGAAACAGUUUUUUUACAAACUGAGCUAUGUCAACGGUCAGAGUGUAAUUGGGUGCAAAGUGUAAAAGCAGAUCAGCCAGUUUAUUUUUGCACAUUAGAAACAUUGAAAUGAUUGGGAAAAAUAUACCAGAAAAGGAAAUCAAGGCUGUUUAUGAAAAUCAUAACACUCUGCAUUCAGAUAAGAUCAAAGAAACAGAAGGUUUGAGUUGUUAUCACAAAAGACUUCUUGGAACUGUCCCAUUCACAUACUUUGCAAAGAAAGUAUCUACACUGUCUACAGAUUUGGGGAACUUUUAAAAUAUUCUUCUUCUUUUACUUUUGUAGUUUAAACCUUAUUUGUUUAGUUCUGUUACCUGUAAAUAGUUAGCUACAUACACUACAUGUAGAUGAUUAAACAGAGGGCAGGCCCCCAUGUUCAUAGCUUAACAACCAAGAGAUCCCAUAAAGGACAAAAUGUGAAUUGCCUGGUGCAGUCUUCACAUGGCAAAAGAGCAAGGAGCAUCCUCUCUCGCCCAUGAUCUCUAGCAUUAGUAUAAUAUAGUUAAAGUAUUAUUUUUCAAGUUAUCCAAAUUAGGCAAUUUAACAGCAAUCUGGGAGGCUUAUUACUAAUUUUUAUAUUAUUUUUUUUAAAUAGCCAACAGAAAGGUAUACAUCUGGGCAUGUGUUUUUCUAGCAAUUAGAGGUAAAAUUGUUUCUUAGGACUAUGAAAAUCUCUUUACUUUGUACAUGCUUGCCUUACUUUUUAAUCUCCUCAGCAAAGUACUUUAGGUUGACUUGGGGUGAAAUGCGUGUGAAAGUAUGUACAAGAGAAACCAGAAGAGAGAGGAAAUGAGGUGGGGUAGGAGGAAACCCAUGGGGACAGAUUCCCAUUCUUAGCGCAGAGUUCGUCAUUGCCCCGUCACAGCAAUGCAAAAGGUCCUGAUUCUAUUCCAGCAAAAUACAGGGCAGUGUUCUCAGACUGACGUUAGGAACAAAUUAGGCCCAAGAGCUUUAACUUUGGCUUAAAAUAUAACAGAAUUUCCUUUUUUUUUUUUUCUUUUAGUAAGCCAGGCCACAUGUUGGAAA